UAGAGUUUCACUCCAGAUUGGCCAUCAGCCACCAGCGUGCAUCCAACACUGCAAUUUAGCUCACCAUCGCAGCCAUCCUAAUUAGGGCUAAUUACACAUGAGGCAGCCAUCAAAACAAAAGCUACUGUUCCUUUAAAUCUUCACCCCUUUUCAAUUUUUGGAGCGAGGGAGGGAAAUACAGAGAAACAGGAGGCGAAAAAAGAAAAUCAGACACACACACAUACGCAAACCGACACUCCCCAUGAACACAAGCACCAACACACUGACAGACUGACCAGCGCCGUCCAGCCGCCUGAAGCAGAGCCUGCUGUGUGGAUGUGUGCAGCCCUCUGGACUUGGUGGGAGGGGGAGAAGUUUCCCCAAAGACAAGCUUGGAUCACUGAGAGAGAUGAUGCCUUCCUCCUCUAACCCAGUCUCACCAGCUGCUCAGUGGAUUUGCUGAUUCCCGAAAUUAUUUGUGCAAGUUAUUCAGCGGGAGUGGGGAGAGAUUUUGAGCCAGAGGAUGCUCCCACAGGUCAUUCGGAUUUUGUAUGUCUUGUCUUUCUGCUUUUUCCAAGGAGGCUUUAUCAGACUGAGCUCCUGUAAGGAGGAGAUAAAGCCCCCCAGCAGGGCAGGACCACAGCUGUCACCUUCCGACUUCCUGGACAAGCUCAUGGGGAAAACGUCAGGAUAUGAUGCCCGCAUCAGACCCAACUUCAAAGGCCCACCUGUGAAUGUCACCUGUAAUAUUUUCAUCAACAGCUUUGGGUCGAUCACAGAAACUACCAUGGACUACAGGCUCAAUGUAUUUCUACGGCAAAAAUGGAAUGACCCUCGUCUGGCAUAUAGCGAAUACCCAGACGACUCCCUUGAUCUGGAUCCAUCCAUGUUGGACUCUAUCUGGAAACCUGAUUUAUUCUUUGCAAACGAGAAAGGAGCCAAUUUCCACGAGGUCACCACUGAUAACAAGCUGCUGCGGAUUUUCCAAGAUGGCAGUGUUCUUUAUAGCAUCAGGCUGACUCUUACCCUGUCCUGCCCUAUGGACUUGAAGAAUUUCCCAAUGGACAUUCAGACCUGUACCAUGCAGCUUGAAAGCUUUGGUUACACCAUGAAUGACUUGAUCUUUGAGUGGCUGUCUGAGAACCCUGUUCAGGUGGCUGAUGAUCUUACUCUCCCCCAGUUUGUGCUAAAAGAAGAGAAGGAUUUGGGCUACUGCACCAAAUACUACAACACAGGUAAAUUCACCUGCAUUGAGGUGAAGUUCCACCUGGAGCGUCAGAUGGGUUACUACUUGAUCCAGAUGUACAUCCCCUCCCUCCUCAUUGUAAUCCUCUCCUGGGUGUCUUUCUGGAUAAACAUGGACGCUGCACCAGCCAGAGUUGGUCUGGGCAUCACCACUGUACUGACAAUGACCACUCAGAGCUCUGGUUCAAGAGCCUCCCUGCCCAAGGUGUCCUAUGUGAAGGCCAUUGACAUCUGGAUGGCAGUGUGCCUUCUAUUUGUGUUCGCCGCCCUGCUGGAGUACGCAGCAGUUAAUUUUGUCUCGAGGCAACACAAGGAGUUCAUCAGGCUGAGGAAAAAGCAGCGGCAGCAGAGAAUAGAGGAAGAACUGGUGAGGGAGAGCCGCGGUUUUUACUUCCGGGGUUACGGACUGGGUCACUGCCUGCAGACCAAGGACGGCGCCGCUGUGGAGGGGGCCACCGUCUUCACACCCCCACCGCCGCCCGUCACCAUGUACGACGGAGAAGUACUCCACAAGCGUUUCGUGGACCGAGCCAAACGCAUCGACACCAUCUCCAGAGCCGUCUUCCCCCUGAGCUUCCUCAUAUUCAACAUCUUCUACUGGGUCACCUAUAAAGUGCUGCGACACGAGGACAUCCAUGCAAAUUUGUAAAACGCUCUUUGCCGAUACCAGAUGUUACAUUUUACUUUGUUUUUUUUUCCUUCUCUCAGAACCAAAACUGCCUGUCAGAUCUACAUUACAGUGAGGAAACGUGUCAAGGGGCAUAUAGUAUGUGCCUCUCAGAACCACUGCUAAAAAAUUUUAAAAAACACUCUGUGCUCAGGUGCGUCUUCAGGAUCUCAGAUAAGGAGUGAUUAAGAGGAAAGACUGGGUUAAGCUGCGCAGAUUCAGACUGGUGUUGUUUGUUAUUACCCUCUCCUAUCUGUCUUGGUUGGACUCGUCUGGAUUACAACAAAGACAAAACACUGCUGGUACUCGUGCGUUCGUGACCUUUGGUUCAGAUGAUGGAGCUCAGAGAAGAUGAUCCUGGCUGAAUGAGACAUACUGACUUGAAUUUUGACACUACGCAGCUUUGAAUGAAUGUUUUUGACAACUAAAAAAAAAUAGUAAUAAUGUUUUUUUUACAACUUUAGACUAUUCAAAUGGGUGCAUAUGGCUGUGGGGGAGGGGGGAGGAGUGGGUCUUUGAUAUUUAUGAAUAUUCAAUAAGUGAUGACGACUCAAUUUAGCUAUGUGUAACAAGAGAUUAUAUAUCUAAAAACAGUGUAUAAAAGUGUACAUAAACAAAGCUGUUCAUUAAACUGCACAAAGCACAAAUAUGUAUUUCCUUUUGUCUAAAUUUAAAUAAAUUGAUAUUCUGCCAGGAAACAAGAAAUGAUUUUGCUUCUCUUUAACCUGAAUAUUCAGCUGAUUACUUUUAAAAUAGAUGCGCUCAAAGAUGCUUGUGCGAAGUGCAUUAGAAAUGUGGUCACUGGAUAACUGCAUGGCACACAAUUACUUUCCCAUUUCAGUUCUUUAAUAGCCCCCAUCAGCUCAAAAAUCCCAAGAGGAAAGAAACCUUAAAGCACGAGAGGAAAUCAAAUUCUGCAAUAAUACACAUUGUAAAUGUUGCAGAUGUAAAAUAAGUAACCAGUUCACAUCCGCACUUUUGGCUCUUUAUAAAGCCAUUUUAUCGCGGCCGCAGUUCUUCCCUGUUAAAAUACACACUUGCAUAAUAAAUCUAAGAGGAACUUACUGGGAAAAAAAUUGCAUAAGAGCUGCCGUUUCUUUCCCAGUCUCAGGAGUGGCUUUGAAGGUGUGGAAAUGCAGGGAUGCGGUGGAGGGGGAGCAUCGCCAGUGAUGGAGGACGAAUGGGUUUUUUAAUGGGAAAUCAGAGGGUUGUUUUAUCAACUAAUGAGUUUGAAAAGGGCUUGGUGUUCCACUGCUAAUGACAAUGAAUUCAGAGAGGCAGCUGGAGCCUACUGUCCCUUUGUCGGCAAUCCUAAUCAACUCCUCUGUAUUGUAUGGCUCCCCUGGUAAUGAAAAAGAGUGUGUGGGAAUCUGUAAGUGUAUAUAUGUGUGUGAUUUCAUGCUAUUCUUUGUUUCUGCUCUGUUAUCUCGCUGUUCUUAUACUGAUCCAGAUUUUUAAACUUUAUCCUGCUUUA